AAUGAUCAGUCGUUAAUGGUGGCUGCAAUUUCCAGCUUUUCAUUUUGCCCACCUUACCCUUUUCUUUCACUUCUCCACCAUAACAUAACUUUACCACAUAUCCAUAGAUCUGAAAUCCCUAUUCAGAAUUUCACAGGUUUACCAGCCACAAAUAUAAUCAUGUGCAAGCGGGAAUGAAUAAUUGGGUUUAGAGUUAGGACAGGUGGUGUGGAGUGGUGUGGUGUCCUUUGCAAUGGGUGCACAAAUGUGAAGUGAAGUGAAGUCCACAAAAGCUGUUUCUCGAGUGGGAAUUUGUGUUCAGCGACCAUCACUCCAUGGAGUCUGUACUGGGUAAUUGGCCAUCCUAUGACCCUCACAACUUCAGUCAGCUUCGACCUUCCGAUCCUUCAAGUUCUUCUAAAACGGCACCGACCACUUACCAUCCUACUCACAGCAGGACCCUUCCACCACCUGAUCAAGUGAUAAGUACUGAGGCCAAAAAUAUCCUCCUGAGACACAUCUAUCAGCAUGCUGAGGAGAAGUUGAAACCAAAAAGAGCAGCAUCUGAUAACCUUUUACCAGAACAUGGAUGCAAGCAACCUAGAGUUUCCAGCUGACACAUGUCAUUGACCAUCUGUUGCAUGUGAUUGUGAGCUACUUUCCCGUAGAUAUACCCUUAUUUUUCAAGAGUUUGGUUCUUGUUUGGAAUUGUGGACUAUUUUGCCAACUGGAGAGUUUUUGUAAAUAUAAUUGCUCAUCAAAAUUUACAGUGAAAGAAAUGAUGCUUUCAUUGUUUAUUUUUGUUCCAUUGCUUAUUGUGCUAUAGGGUGACAACCGAUUCUCCACAUUAAUUCUCAGGAAGAGAUUCGUGCUUUAAUUGAGGAUUUUCAAGAUGCAUCUGUCUUUUCGACUCAGGAGUAUGCUCGUGCCGUAUUUUUCAUUGUCUAACUUUUUAGAUGAAUAAGCAAUUAUUGUCAUUCAUCAUUGAUAAAAAUGAAUGUGUACUCUAGUACAAAUUAUUGGUUAUGAAUUUGGUUUGAUGACUUUGAAGUUGAUCUUAGAAAAGAGAAGAGAACUGGUGUACCCCCCAUUUGUGAUAUUCCAUUUAUUUAUACUUUAUUAUACAUCUUGUAAUGCUGGUUAAUAUGCUA